AUGUCUUUGAUAGUGAAAGAUGUUUUAGAUGCCCUUCAACAGAUGCAAAAGAGUCUGGAGUGUUCGAUUUGGUAUGAAUGCAUUUAGCGUCUCCUAAACUUAUGCAACAUUUGUCUUUUGCGAUUUACCUAAAUGUUUUGAGGUCUAAAAGAGUAAGUUGUUCAUUUUAUCUCGUUGAAUUCUUCAUAAUAUUACAAAAUUACUUCUUAAUAGCCUUGAAUUGUUGAAGGAUCCUCACUCAACGAAAUGUAAUCACCAAUUUUGUGGGUAAGUUACGAUGCGUAUACAUGUAAGCUUUAUACAAGUUUGUCAACAAGUACAAUAAGUUGCUCAUUUUGGAUUUCCAUUUUCUUUUUACACGAUAUUUAAAUAAAGUUCCAUUUCACACAUUGUGUCCUCCUUCUCCACAUCUUUUCUUGCUUGAAAGACCUUAGUGCAAGUAUUGUGUAAGACACUGUUUACAGUUACAGUCUAUAAUUUUUUUCUAAGUUACAUGUACUGUUCUUACUGUCCUUUAGGAAGACAACUUGCCAAAAUACUUAUUCCUCAGGGUAUAUCUCACUUAAAUCUGUCACUGGAGAAGCCCCAGAAGAUCCAUGUAUUUGAACAAAAAUUUGGAAACAGCCUUAUUUAUUGAUUAAUUUUUUUUUAUUUAUUUAGUGUUUUUUUCCUUCCACUGGGCCAUCUGGCUCUAGUGUGGAGGGUGAUUUUAGGGGGCUUUUGGCUGGGUUGAGGGUUGUGCAAACCAGCCAGGAGUUCUAGCACCUUGGAGUGUGACUGUAGAGCAAGAGCCCCCCCUAGCCUCGAUUUGCGACUUCAAUAUGAAAGCUAAUUUUGCAAUCAACCUGUUACAUGUUAUCUACAUCAAAUUUUAAUUGGUCGUCUUCAGAGAUAGAGCAGUUGUUGCUGGAUGAGUGCAAUACUUCCACAAGCUGAUUUUGUUGUCACUGAUAAAAAAAAUAGAUGAGUAUUAAAUAACUGUUUUUGUGGCUAGCCGAAGCUUGUUUAAUAUUUUUUUUGUUAAAAAUUACAGUCAUUGCAUCAAGCAAGUUCUUGAAAAGAGCAGUAAGAAGUCAAAAUACAAAUGGUAUUGCCCACUCUGCAAGACUCCAGUUUCUAAAAGGUAUAUUGAUAUCCUUUCUUUGUUGUUUACUCUUUAAUUAAACUAGAUUGAAUCUUUGUUCUUCGUUACAUUUACAAGAAUACCCUUUGAAUGUCUAUGUAUGGAUGAAUUGAAAAAAAGAACAGCUUUGUUAAAUAAGUAAACAACCAUCACAGGCUUUUAAUCCAUUUAAAAAAUGGAAUACAAAGCAAAACAAAGAACUUUUGGUACACAUUUUUUCCCCUGUGUAGGGAGCUGGGUUGGUUGAAAUCACAUCAACAGUGAUGUUUUAGUAAAAGCAUUGAACAGAAUUGUAGUGAUACAUUUUGGUUGCAAUAGGGCUAAUUGAGCUUUGAAACUUUUUGCACAAUGCACAUGCAAAUGCCACAGGAAAUUAGGACAUUCUUAUUUUAUUAUUUACAAAAAUGAAUUAAGAGUUUUUCAUUUUUCUCUUUUUCCUUGCUGUGUGUAGGAGCCUUACACCAAACCCUAGACUGAAUGAAAUUGCUGCUGCAGUGCGUAAUUUACAGGGAGCUAUUCAAGAAGAUACAGGGAUUCCAACAGGUAAGAGCUGCAGCAUGUCAAACUGACUACCUCAUCCAUUAGGAAGUGCUCUUUCCAAGAGGAAUAUUUGUGGGUAUUCAGGGCAAUUACUCUGGGUCUGCAAGAGGGGUUUCUUCUUCAUGAUCCUUGGGAAGUUUCUACAAUGGAACUUUCAUGAAAUCAAAUGCUAAAUUCCUUUCAAGAUUCUCAAUGAUUAGGGAUCUUGACAAGAAUCUUUAAAAUCUGUGUAAAUUAUUUUUGACUAAUUGGCAGCAUUUUGAUAUACAACUAUUGUUCCUUUACACUGUAUUGUGCCAUUACAUACACAUGUAGUGUUUGUUUUGUUUCAGGCUCACCACCUUCACAGCCACUCAAGCCACUUAUUACAGUUUAUGAUAAAGGAAGUGUUGAUCCAGAUUCUAUUCAUUGUCCAACCCCACAAAAAUGUGUCAGCAAAUGCAAAAAUGUAGGGCAGAAAGUUUCCAGAAGGAAGAAUCCUUUCAGCAUAUAUGUUGAUGACAAUGGUUUGUGUUUCAUCCUUCAUUCCAAAAUUUGACUGUUAUGAGAAAAAUUGUGUAAAAGUUGGUUCAUUUCACAUGCUUUAACACCAUACUUCAACAUUAACCUUUUGACUCCCAGAUCAAAUUUGUAAUUCUCCUUACUAUCAAUCAUACAACUCAUAUAAUGUUAAUUCAGAGAAUUUAAUAUUGGAUCAACUAAUUAUCCCCAAAUUGAUGUUUUUCUUCAUUCUCAUCAUUUAUCUGGUUUAUAUUGUAUUGAUAUUGCAAGGAGAAAUUCUGUCUUGGUCACUCAUGGGAGUUAAAGGAUUAACCCUUCAAUCUUAGAAGGGCUCAUGCAAUCCUAUAGAAAACCUUAGUCAAAGCCAGACAGGUCAUAUGAUAAUGCACAGUAUAUCAGAAGAACAAUAUUUACAUCUGAGGGAAAGAUAGCUCUGGCCAUCAAAUUUAAACUACAGAAUUUUGCAUAGAAGCCAGAUAAUUCUCCAAUGUCUGAUGUAUAUAGAACACCUUUCCACAUUUUCCUUGCUCCUAACAUAUUUCCUCACUGUUCAAUUGGUAGUAAUGUACAGUUAGUAUCUGGGAAGCAAACUUUGGAAUCCUGUCCAGGCCAAGUUUCUUUAGUCUUCUUUCUUUUGCAAUUUCUGUAAUGGCAGCUCACCUUAAAGAGUAAUAUUCAGUGGACUAUUUACUACUGAUUUAAUUUAGUAAUGAUAAGAUCCUUUAAGGGAGUGAAAAGCCUACAAGGCUUUGUCUUGCUCCCAACAUGUGGCCUCAUAUAUAUGCAUGUACAUUGUAGCUCUGUUGGUGGUAGUAUCUGGGAAGCCUGGGUUCAAAUCCUGUUAAAGCCUGAAUUUUUCCUGGCUUUAAACAGUACUUGAAAUUUCUUCAAUUACAGCUGACCUGUGUCUGUGAGGAUCAUUUUACCACUUUUCUUUAUGAGUAUUCCUAUUUUAAACUAUAGAUGAUGCUGACCAUUCUCUGCAGAAUAAAGAGCUUGAAGCUGUGUCUAAUGUCAACAUAAGGUGAGACUAAAAGUUAACUGUACAAGUUUAAACUGGUGAAAAGACAUUUAAUAAAACCUAUGAACAUGUGCAGUUACAAUUUUGUUUUCUUUGUCAGUUAAUGAUUAAUUACCCAUAAUUUGAUUUUAAAUUUAAAAAGGAAAGGAUUGGAAAGAAAUAAGUCUUUUGAGAUGCAACUAUGGUGUAUGGGCAUCAAGCAUUUUUUCCUCGUGUUUGGUUUUUGUCUUUUUUUGCUUUUCUAUUUGAAUGUUAUCAUGUUCUCCACAUGAUUAGGUCAAUGCUGGGACCAAUAUCAACACAAAAAGCAACAAACAGUGCAAAGUCAAAGAAGUCUUUCAACACAAGACAGACGAGAAGCUCCAGAAGAACAGCCCCAAAAAAUCUCCUCGAGGAAAACACAAAUGGAAACUCUGUCAAUGAAGAGCUACUUCAUAUGAUAGAUACGUUGCCAUUCCAACCACUUUUAAAAGCAGGUCAGAAAGUUUAUCUAUUUAUAUGUACACUUGUGCUUUAAUUAAUGUGUUUUUAUCAUUGUGAAUAUAGUUUUGUUUUUAAUUGUUUUUGCUUUUGUUUUGUUUUUUUCUUCUCAUUAUGAUGAGCAAUGCAAGAUUAUCAAAAUGAGCCAGUAACCAGCACAUUAUGCUGUCUACUCAAUAAAACAUGCUGGCUGCUCCAAAUGCUUUUAGCUCCCAGAGCCCUUCGCUGUGGAUAGACCUUAGACCUUUAGUGCCUCCUACUUUGUGUCAUUGUCUAGUUACUCAAAAUAUUUUUGACAACCCCAGCCACGGCAUUUUUAGUACUUAUAUAGUGUGUGCAGAGUGUGUGAUUUAAGAUCUUCAUGUGCAUAUACACGUACACAUCUAUUGUGCUAAUUCUGUGUUGAAAUUCUAAGGUUCAACAUCCCAGGCGGUAGAUGGAGCUUCAAUGGCAGGUGAAACUGAGAAGGAUCAUGCUAUUACAACCAACCAAGGGUCAUCCCAGUUAGUUGAAUCUGAAUGCCUCGUUAAUUGUCAAACCAUAGACUGUAAAGGGAGACGACAGAUUGCUUCUGGACAGCCUAAACGCGCUGUGUGUUCAAAAACUGUUGCCGAGGCCGACUCCUCUAUGAAGACAAGUCCUCGUGACAACUCAGUGUUCAUUGAAAACAAGAUUUCUCUUUCGCCAACCUUGGCACCAGUACCUGUAAAAGGAGAUAACAAUGGAGAUGAAGGUGCAGUGUCCAGCACCAAGUGUGAGUGUUUUUCACCAAGUAGUUUAGAUACUAUGCAAAGUGUUUCUAAUUUGCCAUCGCAAGAUUGUCUUGAACAUCGAUGUGAAGUAGUCGUGGGGGAAAUCCAAGUAAGAAAUCAAGAGGAAGCUUCUCCUAAAAGGGAAGAAUUCUUAUUGGAGGGUGUUAGCGAAAGCGAGGCUAUCAAAAUCGAGAGUUCUGCAAGAAAUGCUCAAGAGGGACCGUUAUUGACCUGCAAAAAUAGACGAAAUAACGAUAAUGUUUCACCUCAGUCUUUAAAGAAAGGGUUACAAUCUGAAGGCCUUUCUAGUAGUUCCAAGAAUCGUGCGCAGGGAAGUUUGGACUUUGAAGGUUUAGUUUCCUUGUUUGAUGAUCCUUUUAUGAGUAAAGAUGUAGUGGAACUAUCAAAAGCGGAUGAAAGUUCAAAACAACAUCCAGAUACCAGUCAACACGAAGAAGAGACGUUUUCAUCCACCCGAGCAAGUUUUGCUGAUUGUGAAGAAUCACAGAAUCAAGCAGCCGAAUCUGAUUUGUGCGAACGAGUUAAGAGGAGGCGAAGGCGUCGAACAUCGGAGAUUCCGUUGCCAACAAACAAACGUUCUGAAGCUUCAAAGAAAUCUCUGCAGUUGAGACCCAAGACAAAAAAGAGAUGUGCAGAAUCUGCAGCUACUUUAACUAGCGACGAUCAAAGGUUUUCUGAAAACACUCGCAAGAAGUUAAAACAAGUUGAGGAUCCUUUGCUUAAUAAGAAAUCUUCUUUCAGAGACGAAACGAAGGAAUUACAGAAAGAUGAAGAAAAUAGUGAAGAAAUGCAUGCUAAUGGCAUGAUUUUGCUGUCGGUGAAGCAUGAUGAACAAGCUCAAGAAUAUUCCACAUUCGGAAGUGAUAGCAGCAAGACCGUGCUUUCAAGCGAGAUUAUUCAAGCCAGUGUUUCUUCCUCCGAUAUAUCUCCUGCGACAGUCAUCAAUCCAAUGAUUGCCCAUGUUGAUCAAGGUGGAGAAAACCUGCUAAAAAGAAAGGAAACAGAAGGAUCAAACUCGCAAAGAAACAAGGAAAACGAUCAGAGUGAAGUCAGCAAACACAACAGCGUGAUAGAGAGUGGACUGCGUGAGGAUGAAAAGACUAGAGAGAGUCCUCAAAUAAAACUGAUUUUGGAUAGAAAUAAAGAAAAUCAAGCAAACCACGAAACGCAAGACCAGGAAAGCGCAUACAAGGAGGAAGAAACGGGAAACGAAAAGAGAAAACAUCGUGAAGAAGAAGCAGACUGGAGUGGAUCAAAACAAGAAGCAUCAAAGAAACGUCAUCAGCAGCCUCAAUCCUUUUACUCAAAAGGGAUGUCACUGACGGCAAGUGGUCACCAAGGGUUACCAGUCCAGAAAGAAGUGGAGGAACACGAGUCUGAUUUGGUUAAUACAACUGACUCCUCUAGAUCAUUACCAGAGCUAGAACUUAAACAGAAAGACCAUUUGACGAGUUCUUUUACGUGGCAUUCUCAGGAACACACUGCAACUGAAGUAAAAGAGACUGUGGACGGUUUUAAUUGUAAAUUUUUGGAUGAGGCCCAACAUUUAACAUCUCAGAAAUUAAGUCAGAAAGGGCAAUUCUCAGGUGACACUCCAACACAAAGUUCAUUAGAAUUUUUGGAUGCCAUGACGCCAUGUUUGUUUGGAAACGACGGCCUGGAAACGUCAGUCGGAGACCAAAACAGCCCUCAUGAAACAACAGAUUCCAGAACUCCUUCCUUCAGUGACGGCAAAACUGAAGAAGAGAACAGCUUGGAUAUGCAAAAAGAUGGCUGCCUGAGAGGAAUUUCUCGAGAUAGUAUCGGGGUCGAAUAUGGGAAUGCUGAACGAGAGAAAGUCGUUGACUUGGCCCGUUGCCCUAAUGGUAUUGGGGAGGUAACGUCCAAUACAGACGAAACUCAGAGCUAUGAGACGAGUCAAAGCAUAUCGGUUCUUCAUGGUUUGGAAUUUCCGCCACAUGAUCAAUCCCAAGAUAGUACUAACUGCAGCGAAAACAUACCAGACCUUGGCAGAUCUUCAGAGCAUUUCCAAAAGCAAUCUGAAGACGAUGCCCCAAGGACGGAACCGCCUCCCAAGAAAACAAGAAAAAUCGAGAUGAUUUCGACAUCGCAAGAUGAUACAUAUUCAGAUAUUUCACUUAGGCCAGGGAGUGGUCCGACAAUCAAGAAGAGUCGUGAAUCGGAGUGCAUGGAAUGUGAGGUCAUACCACCUACUCCACUGGUUAAACCUGUCACAAAACAUGCUCUUAGCAACCUAGAUCAGUCUCAUUCGAGGUUGUCACAUCCCAAUUCAAAGCUGCACAGGAAUAACGACGUGAAAUCUCGAUUGGAAAUUCCAGUUGUUAGACGAAGUAGGCGAAAUAAGAGCCCUCGCGUUUCAAAAUCUGCAACUUCCAGUUCUACAUGUUCUUCUACUAGCAGUGAACAGAGCGAAAACAGCACGUCUUUAUUGAAGAACCUCGAGACCAUCGUGCCUGACUUUAGCAAGGAGUUUGAGUCUUCACAAGGCAGGAAGCCAGGAAAUGCAAUCACAGAAUGGGACGCCACGCCUAGUCAAUCACCUGAUGACUUCGAAAUAAAUAAGAAUUUUUGUGAUAAAACACUACCUGAUCGUUGCGUUUCCCAAGACAAAACUUUCAGUCAAAGUUCUUACAAUGAGAUUCGAUCCGAUGUUUUAAAUUCUAAAGAAAGAGCUUGUAAGAACUUGGGUGAUAUGCCUUGCCCUGAUGCAGAAAAAACAAAUUCGUCGCCACAAACAUGCAGUUUAGAUAGACAAAAAGUUCACGGUGACGUACAGGAUUCGUUUUCCUGGACAGGUACAGAACACAAAAGAAAUUCCCAAAUUUCUCCUGUCCCUUCGUAUAAUGAUAUUGCGCAUAAAAACACUGAGGACGUAAUUGAUGUUUUCAAGCACAAAUUAAGAGAGGCAAGUGUGCGCGACAGCGGUGAACAAGACAGUGUCCAUGGUGAUUAUGAUGAAGGGGACAUCUCCCUUGGAGACGAUGUAAGGCGCAAAAAUCCUUUCGGUGUUAGGAAUGAAGGGGAUGCCCUUGCUAGUGAUAAUGAGGUAGAUUCUUCAAGUGAUGAAGUUCUACUGAUGCCCGUGUUUCUCCCCAAGUCGUCUGAAUCUCAUCCAAAUGACAAUUGCAGUGAAGAUGACGAGGAUGAUGAAGAGGAAUUGCAGUUCUUUUCACAGGAACUAAUUCCAUCUGACGAGGAGAGAUAUGACGACAACGAUGACGAUGGAAUAUGUGAGUACUUUUUCUUUCGAUUUUCAGUUGAUUUACUAUUUCUUAUCAAAACUAGAAAAUGGUAUUUUUGAAUUAACAGCUUUUCAGCGGAUGAGGUUAUUUGUAAAAAUUAGUAAACGACGUUAACGACGAUUUGAAAUCGUCCACACUCCAGCAUCACGCGGAACUGAAUGUGAUUACAAUGUAGCUAAGAUCCACUCCAAACGUCUUUCACAAACUGUUCUCAUGGCCGUUGUCGUUGUUGGUCCCCUAAGAACAUGUUGUACAUGUAUUUCUAAGAUUUUAAAAUCGAAUUUCAAAAGAACUGCACCGAUACAUCUCUCUCAUGAAAAUCCAUCUUCUCACAUACAUGCACUACUGAAUACGCAAACUGGACGGAAUUUGUAAACUGCAUGCUAAAUUGUGAACUAAAGGAUUCAAAUAAUCGUAUCCUCUAGCUUCGUGUAAAGCGUUGGACAGUACUGGUGCUUCGUCGGCUACAGUUUUAUCAGAAGCUGCCGCCUCUACUCAGGUAGGUCUUUUCAUUCAACCACUAACUCCUCCAUAUCGAGUUAUCGUGUUACAAUGGACAGUAUUUGAAGGCUUACAUGUACUCAAAUAUCUCUGAUCGUCAUUCCUUAAUUUACGUUGCCAUGGAGAGUCUGACAUUUCUUUCCGCAGACAAUGGGGUUAAAGAGCUCUUCACAUGCAGUAAAACCCGGAUAUGAUGUUAUUACAGAGGCCAGGCUAAAUGUCUAUGUAAUUUUUGGGCGUAAAACAUAAUUUAAAGCGUGCUGGAGUCUCAGUUGUGGAGAGGCUGGUUGUUGUACCUACAACCAAAGAAAUUUACCCUCAAGCCCCUCACAGACUAGAGUUACUUGUACUUUAUUUGAUUGAAUAGGAGUGGAAUUUUUUUUUUUUUCAGAAAAUGGAGGUUCUUCGCCAGGAUGUUGAAGCGAUGGAAAAAGAGAUGGACGAGCUAAGAGCUUAUCUCGCUGAAACAGACGAGCAACAAAAGGAAGGAAACAUAGCAAUAGAUGAUGACGUGGACUGCAUGGAAGAAGGUACAGCUGUACAUGUAAAGGAACUUGUUUGAGCUCAUUGUGUGUUAUUCUUCGUAAUGCAGAUUCAUUUGUAAAAUCUGAAAUUUGUAUCGUCAAUACUGGAAUGACAUUGUGGUUGGUUGUAAGGCUUGAUUGAAAAAAAUAUAGCUUUCAUUGCAGUGAUUUCGAUCUCCCCUUCCCUUGUAAACCGAGAAAAAGAGAGGCGUAGUCGCAAAAAUUACUGACUUGAUUUAAUUAAUCCAUGUAAAAGUAAAGUAAAGUCGGUAUUACCCAACAAAUUGUUGGGUAGCUGUAAUUGUGACUUGAACUCUUCCUUCCAAAAAAGCCGUUUACACUUUCAGAUUAAUUUUACACUUUCAGAUUAAUUUUACAAUUUCAGAUCCUCGUGAUAGUGCCAUUAUAACGUCUUCACUCACUCCACCCCCACCGCUUACACCCAAGAGCAUCCCUCCCAUGCGGCAACUGUCCUCUCCCCUGAAAAACGCUUCGCGCUAUCUAAAUCAGGAGGGGCAAUCGUCAGAUGAAGAUGAAGAUGAAGAUGAAGACAUUGCUGGUGAGGAAAUAACUACCAGCAUUAGAGAGGAAUACUGCGAACUAAGAAAUACGCCUUGUAACGGAAAAGAGAAUCUUGAAGAGAACGAAAAUGCUGUCAGAUCGUGCUCACGGAAGCGUGCUUUGUCACCUAGUCACGAAGAUGAUGGAUUAAGCAUCACAGCGGUCGGAAACCGACAAGAUAAGACGCCUUCUCCACCGCGCAGUUCCCGUGAGAUUCAAAAAUCUCAGGAAAGAGAUGAAGGUUUAAUUGUUAUUGACGAUAGGGAUCCUGUGAAUUCUAAGACUGGGUCUCUUUUGCUUGUUAAGAGGAGAAAAGUAGUCGAUGAACUUGUCCCCAGAAAAUCUCCAGUUGUUAGCUUGCUGUUUACGAGAAAAGUGAAAGAUGUCAAUGCGGCCAGUCAUUCUCCAAUAUCACAUGGGUUGGCAAAAGGACUAUCGCCCAUAAAGAAGAGAUCUCCUUUCAUUUAUUCACGCAAGCGCUCUGCUGAAACCUCCACGAUCUCUGGAAGGAACUCUACGGGGCCACUGUCACAUAAAACUGCGUCUCGUGACGAUAUGCCGCAUGACCGAGCACGUGUUGUGACACGUGAUGCUCGAUCCCAAGAGAGUACAUCAAGAGAUUCUCUGUCAGCGGAUGGCCUGUUGAUUGAGGGUGUGUCACGUGCUCAAUGUCGGUUAUCCGAUGAGACAUUCAUAGAACUGAGCACUGCCACGGACACACCAGAGAGCCCGAGGAACCGGAAGAAGGACAAGUCAAGAAGUGAGAAGACUAAACCUCCAUCUUUUGUGGCUACUCGUCUAAAUAGGAAGCAGCUGGUAAGUAUAUCGCUUGCUCUGGAACUUGAGAUUUCUAUCCCCCUAAAAUUAUUGUUAUUCAGUUAGAAUAAGAAAAAGUCGUUUGAGGUGGACAGCGGAAGUUCUCCAGGGCUGACAGAAAGCGCCCACUGACAGAUUUUAAGGAUGACGCUCGGGUCGUUCUUAGGAUUUUUACAACGACUUGUCCAAACAAUUGUCUCGGCGAUCCUUUAUACCGACCAAAAACAUCAGAAGUGAGCAUACAUGUGAAGCUUUCAAUAACUUUUCCAUAAGUGGCUGCCAUUGGUGUAACAGGCGGCUAUGCCUGAAAAGGGGCCGUGAGGAGAAACUCAAACACGCGAGCCUACUUGUGAACGCUACAAAACAACUGAAAACUGAAAUGAGUUACGUCCCAUUCAUCAAAAAAUCAGGGCAUGUGAUGAUCUUUUGCACCAUGUAUGGAACGUAUGGAAUACUUUGUGUUAUCCUUCUUUUUUUAACUAAAACAUUUAAUGUAUUCAGUCAGGCCGGUUAUCACUGUAGCUUGCAAUUGUUGGUCUAAUUGCAGGCGGAAGCUCGUGUUCUUGCCGAAACGUAUGGCGGGAAGCUGGCUAGCGAAUUUAACAGCAAGACUACUCACGUGAUCAUGGCAACAGGUUGGUAAAUAUUGUCUGGUACGUCGUUUUAAGUGUACUAUUGAGAAUAGCUCAUGACCCGGACGCUCACUGUGUGACCGACGGUACGAGUACAUGUAUCACAAAUUUCCAGAUUUCUCUACAUACCGUAUUACGUAAAAUUUUGCGUGAGGGUUUUGUCCUUCUCUUUUUUUUUUUUUUUUUUUUUUUUUUUUCGGUUCUACAUGACUAAAAUUUCUUAUUUAACAUUUCUCUAUUUAAUUUUUAAAUUUUUUUGUCCAGGAAGUAGAGCUUUAACAAAGAACGAAACUUAUCACUUGUAUUUUUCAAGUUUUCUGAUUCAUCAAGUUGUACGUAGAGAAGUUGCCGGGUAAUUGAUUUAUAAAUGUGUGUUUAUAUUGAGUUUGACAACGAAACAUAGGAAUUUAAACUUGAUUCUCGCAAGGAGUGUUUUAUUGACUGAAAGUAGUAAAUUUUUUUUUUUUUUUUGGGGGGGGGGCUUAGUUUUAUUUUGAGGGAUUUUUUAUCAAAUGAGAUUAUUGUGGCGGAUCAGGAACAAGAAUGUUUGAGUUAUCAAACAUCAUUAAAUUUAUCAUAAAACAUAAUCAGGUCAAAUUGUGUUCUAAGAUGAUAACGGCAAUGAAUUUUGCUCCUUUCAGAUGAAAACAUGCAGGUGACACGUCACAGUUAUACCAUGAAGUACCUACUGGGAUUGGCUCUUGGCAAAUGGAUUGUCAGUCAUCACUGUAAGUUCACAGUGUCAGUUUGCCUGUCGAGUCCGAUAUACCUUUGCUACUCUCCGCUCCGCUAUCCUACUUUUCUUUCUUGCUACAGUAAUCAUGCCUUUUGUGUUUUGAAGCAAGCGCUAUUAACCAAGUGCUAGGUCAACAAGGCUGGAUAUAAACCCAUCUUUCCAGCUCGAGAAGCCAAUCAAAGCCCAGGGGUCGCAUCGUCGUGCGACCUCGUGCAGCUAGCCUUAUUAUGAAGAGUGAUUGAACGCUUGUUUAGUGCACAUCAUUUCCAUGAUAUUUUCCAGUUUAAUAGUAGGCAGAUUACUUUGAGUACAACUCAAAAGGAAAGAAAAGUAGCCACAUACAUCGAGUUUCUCUUUUGCGCAGAAAAGUGUUUUUAGCAGCAACUAAAUUUCAAUGUGGUUACGUCAUUUGACUUUGCUGCAUUUUGCAUGACAGCAGUUGAAUUGCGACAAAAAAUGUUUUCUUCGUGUGUCUUCUUUUUGCAACAAUUUUCCCUUUUCUUCUUUUUUAGGGAUCACUGCAUGUAUUGCAGCCAAAGCACUUGUAGCGGAGGUAAGUAGGUCUUCUAUAUUAGCACAUAUAUAUUUACUUUUCGUUAUUUUUAUGGGUUGGACGAUUUCAGCUUUAAAGUUGGACUAGAGUACUUAUUCUAGCCUCCGUGUAAUUCAGUGAAUGUCCGCCCGCUAAUUUACCAGUCCGUUUGUCUGACUGUCUUUUCGAUCAUUCGCUUGAAAAAAUCACGCGCGAGAGAAACAUAUUUUCGAUUAGUGAAGGCUACUUACCCAUGGAUUGUUUCAUAAUGGCACCAUCCCUUGAAUGCCACAGUUACAUUUUUUCCACAAUCAAGGGGAGAAUAACAAGCGUUCACUCCUUAACCCUUUAACCCCUAAGAGUGACUGGCGUCUACUUUCUCCUCACAGUAUCAUCCUUGAAUCAUAUGUAAAGAUCACGAGAAUAAAGGAAAUGAUCAUCAAUUUAGGAAGCUUCCGAUUUUCAGACAAAUUCUUCUUGUCAGUUCCAGAGGAAAUGAAAGGAGAACAGAAUGGGGGAUAUGAAUACCGAUGUUAGGGUGUAAAGGGUUAGGAGUUAUACGUUAUUUUUUUUCCUCAGGCGGAUUAUGAAGUGAGGGGUGACGCUGGUCUUGGACAAACUUCUAUCCCUUGCUUGGCAAGAACAGCUAGAAGUAAGAAGGUAUGUCUAAAAAAAUAUAUGCCUUUGUUAGGAAAUGAAACAAUAACAAACGUUUAAAUUUGUACCUAACACUCUUUAGCAUUUACCACUCAACUAGCCUCUGUAUGCAAUGAAAGUGAGAUUUUAUACAAAACCCCGAUUAAUUUCGUAAGCGGUAGACUUCGUUGUUAUUGCGAUGUAGCACCGAACUUAAGAUCUCACGAACAUCGGUUGAACCCAGCUGACCAGUUGAAGGUUUUCUCUUGCUUGGUCUUGCCUUCUAGGUAUAUCUCUCCCAAAACUCGUCUCCUACUUAUUAUUUUUUCCAGGAAGCACUAUUGUUCGAAGACUUCCACGUUCUCUGCUUUGGCAAGUUUAGUGCAGCGGUCGCAAAAGGUACUUCUUUUGAAUUGUCUGCUCCUUGUAAAGAUUUGUGGCAUUAAAGUGAAUUUGGGAAGCUGUUCAGUUGUGAGCCUUUAUAGCUCUUACAUCUUGCAUAAAAUCUCAUCUUUUUUUAAUUUCCUAAAUAGCCUGCGGAACAGGUGGGAUUUUUUUGCGAUUUCAGGCGAACGGAGGCAAGCGCGAGGCGAGCGGCGCAAAAAAUGACUUUAUUAAAUGGCUUUUUUUUUCUUCAACUACAGACCAGCUCAGCCAGCUUUUAAAAUUUUGUGGAGCACAUGUCUUUUCCGAUGUUGAAAAUUUAAAAAGAAUCGGAAAGGUGAGUCUAUUUGGUUCUACUCUUUUCGUCCUCUUUGUUUAAUUUCAUUUUCAUUUCUUCAUGUUUCCUUAUUUAUUUUUGUCUCUUUUGUUUGUUUACGUUUUUUUUCCCUUUAACUCAUUGUAAUUUCCCGAACUCUAGAUAAGGAUGUAGGCUUUUAAGGUAGUGCAACGCAUGUCUUUAAUAAGAAAAGUGGUGACUUAUUAUAACAGAACUAACUAGUAUGCCCUAAAUUACCUGUAUGGCGAAAGUGUUGCUCCAUCUCCCAUCCCACUUCCCUCUUCCUUCCCCGACUCAAAAACCCUUCCGAUGCAUCCCCUGAGCCUGGCAUUAAUUGAAUGCUAUUUUCUUUCUAGGAUGGCCAAAAAGUUGUUGUCCUUGAUAAAGAUACGAAAACAAACAUUGAUCACCUGAACGGUAAGGCUCAUUCUCUUAGUUCUACGCUGUGUUACAGUCAACAUUUCACCUUGUUUUUGUUUUUUGUUCUUGUCAGUUUUUGUUGUUACACUGUCACUUCUCAUAUGAAAACUGAUUACCUUUAUCUUGUUUGAAACAAUUUUAUUUUUGGCCAUUAUUCCUUUUUCUACUAAGUUAAUAUUAUCGUCUGUUCUUCUCAUCUUUCUUUCUUUGUGUCACAGUGGUCUGUCGUCACUUGAACACGAUCGCUGUGUCUUUAGAGUGGGUAACAGACAGCAUAGCAAAUUACAAGUAAGUACUGUACCUAGAACUAGCCUACCUCAACGACACAAUAUACGUUUGCUAUUUUAUCGUAGGCUGCUACUCCUUCCCCAACCCCCAUCCGCUCCAAACUCCUUUCGCACGUCAUAGUUGAAAGAACCGUGGUCCACUGAUUAUUGCGCUGGAAAUCGCCCGAAUUGAGCCCCUCAAUCAAAAGUACUAGCCUACUUGUUUUGUUGACUUUCACCGAGGUUAACCCUUUAACCCCUAAGAGUGACUAACAUCUAAUUUCUCCUUACAAUAUCACCCCUGAAUCAUGCAGUAAGGUCAUGAGAACAAAGGAAGUGAUCAAUGACUGGAGAAACUCCUGAUCGUUCAACAGCUUAGAAAAUUAGAGAAUAGUACGCAGACUGUGUUUACUUCUUUUAGAUUGUAAAGGCUUGAUUUGUGUACAAAUUUGUAGUUAAUUACUUCUCACUCUUCUCUUGUUCCCUUUUCCCUUUUGUUUACUACUUGUCCUCAGGGUUCAAGAUUUAAAAGAUUACGCCAUCAAAAUGGACGAUCAGAGGCAUACAGACAAGUCUUCUCUUAACCAAGAUAUCUUAAUUCUGUGAAUGGAAAUGGUGUAUUUAAAGUAGAUGUGGUAUAAAAGAAACUGCGAAAUAAUUUGAUUAAAACAUGUUAGUUUGCUUUUUUAAAACAUCCUUGGAAAAAUUGUGGACAGGACUAUCAUAGAGGCAGAAAAUUCUUCUCGCCCAGUCCCUCAGGUAACUCCCCACGGGGAGAGUUAGAGUAGGGAAAUAUUUUAAUACACUUCUGAAUCGCACACAUAUAUUGUGAUACGGUGUAAAUAGAGCGUA